UUCAUUCCAUACAUUAACAGAGAUAGAUGCAUAUUUUUCUCUGACCAGAUGCAGAGGUCUGCAUUUGCAGUGUAGUUCUUUGACUGAAUGGAGUAUUCAGGGCAAUUAUCUCCACUUUACAUGGCUCUAUAAGUGAAACUGCAGCCUGUAUUCUGUUUAUGAAUCCAGUACUGGCUUUGAAUUAAAUGUAGUAAACAUUCAGUAAAUGCUGUAUAGUCUGGAAAACAGUAGUUCAUACAGUACAUGAGAGUUGGGACUGAGUACCUGGUCUCAUUGUCACACAGCCCUUUAAAUGCAACAUGUACUUUCCAUAUUGUUCUGUUACUAUUGUAACAUGGACUAGUGGGUACCACACCAGUCCUUUCCCUUUGUCUUUGUAUGUGGGGGAAAAAACAAAACUAUCAGUUAUGUAUUCUUGCUUCAAAUUACAGCACCAGUUUUGUUCACUAACACAACUGUAAACGGUUAUGCUGUUAGUUCUGUUGAUUUAACUGAUAAUACUUUGUGAAGAGGAGUAUAAAAAGCUUGGGAAACAGAACCUCUCCACCAGACAUCAUGGGAAAGAUUAUUUUUUACGAGGACAGGGAUUUCCAAGGCCGUAGUUUUGAGUGCAGCAUCGACUACGCAGAUCUGCACUCCUAUUUCAGCCGCUGCAACUCCAUCAGAGUGGAGAGUGGCUGCUUCAUGAUCUAUGAAAGGCCAAAUUACAUAGGUCACCAGUAUUUCAUGAAAAAAGGUGACUAUCCUGACUACCAAAGUUGGAUGGGUGUCAGCAGCAGUAUCAGAUCCUGUCGCAUAAUUCCACCGUACAGGGGCUCAUACAGACUAAGACUCUAUGAAAAAGCUGACUUUAAUGGUCACAUGAUGGAGUUCACGGAUGAUUGUUCCUCUGUUUCGGACCGUUUCCAUCACCGCCGUGUUUACUCCUGUAAAGUGAUGAAUGGGUAUUGGAUCUUCUAUGAGUAUCCCAAUUACAGAGGCAGGCAGUACUUCCUAAAACCUGGAGCGUACAGGAGGUACCGCGACUGGUGUGCUACUUGCUCCAUUGUAGGCUCUUUCAGACGCAUCACUGAAUUUUAAAUAUUGUUCUAUGUAUUAAAGAGUAUUUUUCCUUCAUAGAAAUCCAUUUUAUAUGAUUUGUUUGCUUUUCUACAAAUAGAUAACAUUGAAUGACAAGCAGGAUGAAUAAUAUUUAAAGUAUAUAUAUUUAUUAAUGGUGCAGUGGUAUCUUCAUGGCCAUAAUCAUCAUUCUUUGAAACUGUAACGUUAACAAUAAAAAGUUGCUUAUUACAAAAACAUUUAAAACAUGAAAAUUAUGGUAUUAAGUCAUUAAUAAUAUCAAUAUCAAACAGCAACUGAAUCAAUGGUGAUGCAAAAUAAAAAUUUGUCAAGCUGUGCUGCAAAAGA